AGUUGUGUACAGUGGGAGAAGGGGACUGAUUGCUAGCUAACGAUUAAAGAAACGGGGUUGAACGUGGAAACGUUUCACACGGUGGGCUUCCUUUCCUAAAAGCGUACAUUAGAUACCUGUUUGUGACGAAGAGGCCAGGACCGGCCGUUUUCAAACAGAACCAACAUACAGUUACGCUUGUAUUGAAGCUAACCAUCGCGCCGUGUAGCCACAGCACAACACAGCCAGUCGGAGCCCGUCUCCAAAACAAGAAUGGGGUCUAGGUCCACAGCACGGUUUAGGUAAAGUGACCUUUGGUUGUGUUUUCUAAAUGGCAAAUUUCACAAAUUACCAAGAAAGCAAAGCGGCUAUGUUGUUAGUGGAGACGCAACAGAGGGGCAUCGGGACGAAACCAGCGGCAGCCAAUGAUGGAGACACGGUCGGGGAACCCCCUUCCCCGUUAUUGAAUAUCGGUGGCGUCGGGGCCAGCGGAGCUCGUUUCCAUCAGCACUUGCCGCCCUCCAGCCACCAUCACUACCCCCAGAGCUCGCUGCCCAAAGGACAACAACACCCGCUAUCCCACCACUACCAGGCGGCGACGGAGCAUCAUCUCUCUGUUGAAAACAUCACGGAGUCCCCGGUAAGGAAAGCCUCGUCAUCGUCUUUGAACCUGGUACAGCAGGACCCCGCUGCUAGCCACCACGCACUCGCUGCGUCGGUAAACGCGGCCUCAGCCGCGAUACAACUAGCCGCGAAUGCUAAUGUUAGCGUGGCUACCUCAGAAGGUGUAGUGGACGACAUUCAGAAGUGUGGCUAUCUGCGGAAACAGAAACACGGUCACAAGAGGUUUUUCGUGCUGAGGGCGGCCAGCCACCUAGGCCUCAGUCGGUUGGAGUACUAUGACAGCGAGAAAAAAUUCCGUAACAGUCUGCGGUCUGCUGCUACGGCAGCUGCAAACGGUACGGUCGCCCCUUCUCCCCCGAAAAGGGUGAUCUAUCUGUAUCAGUGCUUCACUGUCAACAAACGAGCAGAUUCCAAAAACAAACACCUCAUAGCCCUCUACACUAAGGAUGAAUACUUUGCUAUUGUAGCUGAAAACGAGCAGGAACAAGAUGACUGGUAUGUAGCGCUGAGUGAACUGAUGAGUGAGGGGAAAAAGGGGCAUCUAGACUCGGACGAGUUGGAUGAUGGCUACGGUACCGUCACACCAGGUACGGUUUUCAAAGAGGUGUGGCAGGUGAACGUGAAACCCAAAGGGCUGGGUCAGACCAAGAACCUCACAGGUGUGUAUCGUUUAUGCCUCUCUACUAAAACUAUCCACCUGGUCAAACUAAACUCUGAGACGCCAUGUGUCAACCUUCAGCUGAUGAACAUCAGACGCUGUGGACACUCAGAAAGCUUCUUCUUCAUGGAGGUAGGUCGGUCAUCCUCUAUAGGCCCUGGGGAGAUAUGGAUGCAGGUAGAUGACUCUGUAGUGGCCCAGAACAUGCAUGAGACCAUCCUGGAGACCAUGAAGGCUCUGAAGGCCUUUGCUGAGAUCCGCCCCAGGAGCAAGAGCCAAUCUUCUGGCUCCAACCCCAUCGCUUUUAUCACCACCCGCCGUCACCUAGGUAACCUGCCUCCGAGCCAGACAGGUCUCCAGCGCCGCUCCAGGACUGAGUCGGUGGUUGGGACGCCGCCGUCGAGUAAGAGCUCUGGCGCCAGCGGCUAUCGCUUCCGAACAUCGAGCGAGGGUGAGGGGACGAUGAACCGGCCAUUCCGAUCUGUUACCGGCAGCCUGAUCCACCUGAACACUGCCCGGAUACACCUGGGGCGCCAGGAGGGCGGGGUAGGGGCAGGGAAUACCGGGAGCACCGGGGUUGUAGGGCGCUACGCCAGGGCACUACCAGGGUCCACCUACCACGCCCGCUCCGCCUCGCUCCCCGUCUCCCACUUUCCCUCCACCACCUCCCCCGUCAGCGUGUCCAGCAGCAGCGGGCAUGGCUCCGUCUCCGAUACCCUUACCCGGCCCUCCUCAGCGUCCAUCUGCGGUUCCCCCUCCGACGGAGGCUUCAACUCCUCAGACGAGUACGGCUCCAGCCCUGGAGACUUCCGCUACUUCAGGGUCCGGAGCAACACUCCUGAUUCCCUUGGCAACACCCCACCAAUCAGAGAAGAGAACUGCAUGAGCGACUACAUGGCCAUGGGCUGGCACCGUGAGGUGUUUGGAGCCGCCAGCGGUGGAGGGAGUAGCUCUGGCAGUGCGGAGACGCCCAACCGGGACGAGAGCACGUCGACGGAUGACGACAGGUCCCUGAGGAGACGUACACACUCGUUCACGCGGCCCGGGGGUCAGGGGGGUGUUGCCGGCGGCAGCAGUGGUGUGACGGUGUACCAGAAGAUGACCCAGACCACCUUCUCGCUGGACGAGUCGGUGUCCGUGGGAGAGGCCCUGUCUCUCGGCCGCACCGACAGCAUCACCCAGCCUUCCUCCUCUUCUUCUUCCCUCCGCUCUGACUACAGCUCCUGCUCCGAGCACAGCCAGGGCCGACCCCCUCCUCCUUCGGCCAAGGAGGACAGCGGCUACAUGCCCAUGUUGUGUGGGGUGGCAGCCUCACCCUGUGACGCACCGGACUACAUGCCUAUGCAACCCAGCUCCCCCUCUCUUCACCACCACCAUCCCCAGCACUCCCACUCUCCCCAGGCCCCCCGCUCAGCCCAACAGCCCACAGACCCCCGUGGCUACAUGAUGAUGCUACCAGGGGGGCGGAACUCCUCUUCCCCAGUCCAGGCCUCCCCCAGCUCCCACAGCAGUAGCAGUAACAUGGGUCUGGGUGGAGGUAGUGUCAGUAGUUCUGGUAGUAUAGUGGAGCGGCCCGAGAAUGGAGAGUACAUGGACAUGUCGUACAGCAGUAGCGGAGGAGGUGGAGGGGACGCGGCAGGGGGACGGAAGUUCUCCAACGAGGGGGGAUACUACGCACUGAGCAACCCUGAAGGGAGAGACCCCAAAUCAUACAACUACAGCCCCUACUUCUCCCUGCCUCGCUCCUACAAGGCCCCCGCUGCGAGAGAGGGAAGAGAGCAUGAUGAGUAUGUACCCAUGAGCUCCCCGGCAAAACCAGUCUACUCCCAGGUUGCUACCGGCAACGUCGGCGAGAGGGGCGUGACGACGAGGGGUGUUGGUAGUGGGGGGUCUGACACCCCUCACAUCCUCCCUCACGGCUACCCGCCCCCUCCCUACGGGGUGCACCACCAAGCGGCUAACGGUGACCGUCGGUCGACCCCGGUCCGGCCCAACCGCCUCCCCCUAGGGCGCCGCAGCUUCCACGGGUCACUGAGGGUCAGCGAGCCGGACGCCGCCGAGGUACUCUCCAGCCCUGGAGAGUACAUCAACAUCGAGUUUGGGGGCCGCUACGGACCCCCAACGUCCUGCUCCCUCUCUGCCCAGGAUGGCUCACCCUCGGUGGUCUCUGCUGAGCAGCGCCACUCCCCUCCCCACCCCUAUCCUCAGAACCAGGACUAUAUGAGUGUAGAGGUGGGGGUUGGAGGUGGGGGUGAUGAUGGAGGACGCCUGGCUAAGAACAAGUCUCCCAGACCCUCACUGGUGGCUCCCUGGAACCCACCCAGCUACAUCCGACCUCUUGCCGCUGGGUCCUCCGUGAGUGGGGCCCCUGGUUCUUCUGGAGCUCGAUGGCGGACGGGGACAGAUGACUACACAGAUAUGACCUUUAACCUCAGCAGUGGUGAGGAGUCGCGGGGGAUACGGAGUAGUCCCACGGCCAUGCUGCAGCACCUGUGUUUAAUGGAGAGCUGCUACCCCCCCACUUUAACCCCCACCUCUGCCUCCCCUCCCUCCUCCAGCCCCCAGCUUGAGCCCAUCAAGGUGGUACGUGCGGACUCCCAGGGGCGACGCCGACACAGCUCCGAAACGUUUUCCUCAUCCUCCACCUCUGGAGGAGUCGGAGCCACAAGCUCCAGCACCAACCCCAACUCCUCCUCGGGCUCAGCCAACCCCUCGGCCCUCAACGUAGCUCAUCUGGCCGAGAGCUCCAAGUGGACCGGCUCUGGCUCCUUUGACAGUGUGUGGAUGUGUGUUGAGGGGGGGGGGGACUCGGCCGGUCUCCCUGCCCGUCCAGGGCCUUCUGAUCUGGGCAUUGCCUCAGCCUCAUCUGUGUGUCCUCCUGGGGGUCGGAUGUGCAGGAACAUGUCUGUGGGGUAUCAGAACGGACUCAACUACAUCGCCCUGGAGCUGAGAGAGGACCGGGACUCAAACCCUCUACCCAUACCCCAGCAGCAGCAGGGAGGCACCGGGCAUGGUACCGGGGUGACCCCCAAUGCCCCCCAAGCCAGUAACCUGACUGUGCCAGUAGCAGAGGACAACGGAGCCUAUGGCAGUAUAGACUACAUCAAGUCAGACAGGAUGACUGCCACGUCCAAGGACUGAUGGAGGAAGCUGAGAAGGGAGCAUCACAGACUCCCUCUACCGUGGCCUUCAACACCCCCACACCACACUUUGAUUUUCAACCUCUCAACCUCGACCCCAAGGACUCCAGCCCACGAGGUCACGCCCCCUCUGAACAACAGCAACCGCAACAUCACCAAGACGACAGAAAACGAAGACUGAAUGCGCCACAUUUGUGUUUAAUAAUUUCAUAUUUUUUUUGCAAACUUUUUUAUUUUUGAUAUCUUUUUUUUUUUUCCUCAGACCUGGUUCUGAGGCUGCUGUCAAUGUUACUGGACUUUAGUUCUGACUUUCUUUCUGAUCUAACAGUACGAAAAGGGAGCUUCGCUUAAACACUUGAGUAUAACAACAACAAGUCCUAGAGACGGGGUGCAGACUGGUCAGUACAGAUUUCUCCUAAGACUCCACUACACACUACUAUAUUUAUUGCCACAAUAGGUUUCAGGUGCGUUCAUUAUGUUAACAGGAUUGUAUUGAGUAUUUUUGUACAGCUGACAUGGAACGGUACUGGACUCAACGAUGGUCCCAGUUUUUCUGAUGAAAAAUAUUUUGUAAAAGAAGCAGGUACUUUAUUUCCACAUAAGACCCUUAUUAACACAGGUCUGGUACUGUUACACACAGACACACACACAGAGACACACACACACACACAGAGACACACACACACACACAGAGACACACACACACACACACAGAGACACACACACACACACACAGAGACACACACACACACACACACAGAGACACACACACACACACACAGAGACACACACACACACACACAGAGACACACACACACACACACAGAGACACACACACACACACACAGAGACACACACACACACAGAGACACACACACACACACAGAGACACACACACACAGGCACACACGCACACACACGCACACACGCACACACACGCACACAGAGACACACACGCACACAGAGACACACACGCACACAGAGACACACACGCACACAGAGACACACACACAGAGACACUUACGCACACACACACACACACACACACACAGAGACGCUCACACACACACACACAGAGACGCUCACACACACACACACACACACACACAGAGACGCUCACACACACACACACACACACACACACACACACA